AUGUUUUUUGCACAAGAAGCUAAAUCUUGGAUGGUACAAAAUAGAGAAAAGAAGUUGACGCGCUAUGAUGUCUCAAAACUGAUUGGCAAGGCUUGGGGUAAGGCCGCCACUGUAUCCAAUGGUGUUUCAGCGUUGAAGUGCUGCGGUAUCUAUCCAUUUGAUCCCCAUGCUGUUGCAGACUAUCAUUUCUCAUUAUCAGAUUCGCUACAAGAGCAAAAUUUAGUUGACAUUGACGAAGUCAACAAUCAAAGUACAAGAAGUACUGAUGAGAGUCUUACAGGAAAUACUGCACCAGCAACUGAGAUUCUGUCACAGCCAGGAACGUCAGGUCUCCACCGCACUCCAGUCUCCCUACAUGAUGACGAAUCUGUGAAUACGCCGCAAAAGCACCCACAAAAUGAUGCAUCCCAACAAGUAGGCAUUUGUGAUAAAACGCCUGAAGAAGCCAUUCCAUCUUCUGAUGUAAAAGACAAAGAGACGCCUUCCAAAGUUCUAAGUCAAAUACAUCCAGUGCCCAAACUACCAAAAAAAUCUGUCCAAAAGGAAACAAACAGCAAUCAUUCUCACUUCGCCGGAAAAUAUUGAGAAAAGAACAUUACUGGCAAAUAAAAGAAAGAUUAAAGCUGAAGCUGAGAGUAAUAAACUCAAGAAGGCUAAAACAAAAGUGACUAAUAC